AUGCCCUCGUUUACCCUCGCCAGCCAAACUCCUCAUCUGAUAAUACAGCCUUCCGACGCUGCUCUCUCCCCACCUGAGAGCUACCUGUUCGUUCAGGAUGGUCUUAUAAUUAGUUGUGGAAUUCUCUACGCCUUCUGUUACAUAUUUUGCAUGAUUCGCACGUACAGUGACCGGACAUACCCGUCUGCGUCAGCUAAGGGGAUCCAAUUCAUGAGUCUGACACUUGCCUACGAACUCUUCUACGCGGUGGUGACCACAACCACCACCUUUGAGCUCAUUGCAUUCCUGGCUUGGUUUCUCCUUGAUGUAGGAUUUGUCGCAGUGGCAAUCUGGCGAGCACACGAAAAGCGCGACCGGGCGUGGUUAGUACGGAGAAUAGUAGGCUUCGUACUGGCGGGCAUGGGCGUGCUGAAAGGGUUGACGAUGCUGUGGCCCGAUGAAAGGGAGCAGGUCACAGCAUACUGGACGGGAAUUCUGCUACAGAUGCCGAUCGGCUGGAUCUGUUUGGCGACGCUGUGGAAGGAGUGGAAUACGAAAGGUCAUUCGUUGGAAAUCUGGUAUGCGGUUCGCAAUUGCCUGCUUGCGUUUUACACCGCUAUGAGAGAUGCUGACGGGGAUACUAGGCUCAUGCGAUACUUGGGCUGCUAUACAGCCUACGGGGUUUUCUUCUGGAGGUAUUGGAAUGUGCCACAAAACUGGGAAUAUGUGGCGUCGGUGUGGAGUACAGGGAUUAUCUUGUGGACACUGCUGCCUGAAACGGUCUAUCCGUUUGUAUACGUUUGGGUGCAUCGCACAUCCAAAGUGAAAGGCGAGUAG